ACCCACAAGCUCCUCAACCACAAAUCUCACAACCGGCCAUCUCAAAUCCAGCAUUAAAUCCAACUCAAGCAUCAGCUCUAGCAUCAAAUCCAACUCAAGCAUCAGUUCCAGUAUCUACACCAAUUCCAGAUGUUUCUUCAAGACCAAUAUUUAUCUUUACAGAUUCAAUUCCAUUUUAUGGAAAAAUAGGGUACAAUGUUACAUUUAAUUGGAAAUAUUCAGGACAAUUUGAUUUUUUAACACAAUAUUUGGUAGCAGUUGCCGUAUAUAAUUACAGUACAUAUAUAAAUUGGACAAUUAGUUCAAACUUGUCGACAAGUACUACCACUGUAACAUGGGUCACUUCGACGAUCAUUAAUCCUACUCUAGUUGAAGGUCCAUAUACGUUAAAUAUUUUUAACGGAUCGGAUUAUAAUUUUACAAUUCAAAGACCUGUCGCUCUCACCAAAUUUUCCUUCUUUAUGUAUCAACCUAAACCACAGUGUGUCGAAAGUCGCUUGUUAUCGGCUAUUUUAUAUAUCGAUCGUAGUCGAUGGCGUAUCUUUGGUUGCAUUGAUUGA